AUGGGGUCUCCAGAGCUCUCCCUGCUGUCAUCCUUGAGGGGAGAGCUGAAAUCAGAGGAUUACAUCCAACCUCACUACAAGGAGACAUAUCGCCUGGCGAUCGAUCGCCUCGUCACCAGCGGAAGAGACAGUUACCAUGAGUUCCUCAAGGGAGAACGUAUCGCGAGCUUCCUCUCAGAGGAUGAGCUUCUCUUCAUCACUGAAAACGUAGGAAAGCUCCAACCUGAAAACAACGAGGGGGAAAUCAAUGGUCCAUCUGACAGCCAAUCGUCCUCAGGGACCUACUGGCCCCUCCACUCGGAUGUGGACGCGCCAGACUUGGAGUUGGGGUGGCCGGAGGUCAUGCACGAAACACUCCAGACAAAUAUAGAUCUGCUCUUUCAUCCACCCAGACAGAACAGCCCCACAAUCAAAGAGGUGAUCCGGAAGCAUAUUCAGGAUGCAAGACAGGUUGUUGCCAUUGUGAUGGACAUGUUCACCGAUGUAGAUAUAUUCAAAGAAGCUGUCGACGCGUCUUUACGAGGAGUCCCGGUCUACGUGCUCUUGGAUGGUUUCAAUUUGAAAAGUUUCCUCACAAUGGCUGAAAAUCAAGAUGUCAAAAUUCAACAACUAAGAAACAUGAGGGUGCGUACUGUGAAAGGUCAGGAUUACCUCUGUCGAUCAGGAGCCAAAUUUCAUGGUGCAAUGGAGCAGAAGUUUCUUUUAGUCGACUGCUACACGGUGAUUUAUGGCUCAUACAGCUUUGCAUGGUCAUUUGAGAAGCUUAAUCUGAGCAUGGUGCAGGUCAUCACAGGCCACUUGGUGAAGUCCUACGAUGAAGAGUUUCGAACACUCUAUGCCCGGUCGACUGUGCCAGCUGAAUUUUGCCCCCCUGAGGGUUUGUUUCAACGCAACGGACCACAUGGACGACAGAUUUUGCCACAUUCUCAUUCCGCCCCAAAAAUUGAGCGGAGGGACCAGUUAAGGCACACGCUGGACACAGUCUAUCGGAAGACCUGCGAGAGGCGACUCGGCGCAAGAGAUGAGAGGUUCUUGGAAGAGGAACCUAACGAUCGUCGGCCCUCGUUUGAGAAUGGGAUCGGCGUUCCGAAGCCGAUGCCCCAGUUUCCUUCUUCAGAGACAAUGAGCUUCUUGAAAAGGCACAGCUAUGCUGGGGAGAGAGAAGACACGCCGCAGAACAUCAGGCCCAGAGGCAGCAACUGGAACAUCUCUAGAGAAACUGGAAACGACACAAACCACUACCCCACGGACAAUUACUUACCAGAGCCACAGAUUUACAGAGGUGAACACAGGCGUCAGUCUUACAAUGGCAACGACAAACAAAUCCUGUCUGUUCAGCAGAACAUGAAAUCACUAGAGGACACAUCUAAGUCUUAUAUGCGCACACUGAGGAUUGAAUCCUACCUCCAACACCCUGACGUCGGGGACUCUUGUGACUAUUUAGACCAGUUUGAAUCACAAGACAGAGCUAACUCCUUCAUGCAGGGAAGGAUAAGGUCUUCCCUCGCUUUCAGGUCCACCAUACCAGAGCAAAUGGAGCCAAACAGACACAUGAACAACUCCUCAACUGGUAUUAACUCCUUAGCAGUACCAAACACACCUUUGCACUACACAUCCAUGCAGUGGAACCCAACAGCUGCAGCUGAAAAAAGAAUAAGUAAUGAAGAGUUCAUGCAAAAGAGGAAAAGUUUGCAGAUUUUGGAUGACAAUCAGAGUAACGCAAGCUACGGUCAAGGUAGAAACGCUUACCAGUCUGUAUAUGCUAGCUUAGGCAGACCUAAAGGUGGACACAUGAUCACAAACCCAGACAUCAUGACAGACAGUUGGCAUAAAAGGCACAGCGUGGCAGAUCCCAGAUCAAACACUGACUACACACAUGAAUCCUCUGGUCACAUGUACAACGCUAUGGCGAGGAUGCAAGUGAACAGAAGCACAGCAGGGAUAAAUGCACAGAAUGGAGGAUACAUGUCACAUCUGAAAGAUGAUCAGAGAUCUGCUUCUCAUUACGAUGUCAAGAGUAUCACAGGCACAAAGAGCCCUGGUACCCCCAUGUGGCAGGAGCCGCCAAGCAGGACUUUGUCCGCCGCAACUCUGGAUGUGACCGACAAGGAUUCAACAGCUAAACCCAACAGUAUGGGCUCCCAGCAUUUUCUAAAGAAGAGUACCAAGAAAAUAAAAUCCUUACUGAACAUACCAGAGAAGAAAGAGGAUUCAAUACCAACGAUGGAGACACUGAGUCUGACAUCAGGCGGCAGCACGAACACCCUAACAGCUGAGGAUGAGGAGAGGGUACCAUAUGGAGGAGGAAAACUCCCCCAAAGCAUGACCAACUCCAACAGCACCUCCGAGCACCAGAGGAGGCAGAUAGAAGAAUACCAUCUAAAAUCCUCAAAACCUCGAUUCACAACUGAGGAGCACCAAUAUCCACCACAAAAACCACCUCAAAAUCUACCACAAAAUCUACCACAAGUCUCCCUCCCUAAACCUACCAUGCAGGAGAAACCCAGGAGGCCCGGCCUUGACUCAGCAAGCUGGAGUAAAGAUCGUAGCACAGAGGCUCACCUUUACAGCAGAUUUGAGCCUGUCCGCUCAUUUGAAAAGAAACACUCAAUGCGUUCUGCACACGGCUUUGGAAAUGCAAAUGCAAACUUUCAGGAAAAAACCAAAGUCCUUCCUAAAGGUGACUCAGCUAUCGAACACAAUAUCACCAGGGCUGCACGAAGCCACCAUGAAAAUAAGCUGGAGAAGUUCUUUCACAGAGUGUUUCACAAGAACAAGUAGUGAGUCUACACAGGUCACUUGUUACCAACGCACACUUGCCUCUUGUUUAUUUUCUUGUAGUCUAUGUUUACUUCUGUGUAUUGCGGAAAAAGUUUUCAGAAAACACGGUUUACAUUUUGACCUCUGCUUGUGUUAUUAUGUACAGAUGCUUAUAUGGAUAGAACAUACAUAUACAUCUUAAAAGCUGUCCUUUAAUGUGUCAUUUACUGGUGUCAACGUGAAGCAAUUAAU